AGUGCGCAUCCACGAUCCCGCACUCCGCGGAAUUUUUUUAUAAUGGAAGGAAGUUCUCGAUAUUAUCUCCAUUUAUACCAUCAAAGAAGAAUAAAAUCAAUAUCAGCAAGGCCUUACAGUUGUAGCUUGUAGUAAAACUUGGAUCGAUUUUUACAAACCUACUUGAUCAAUAGAACAGUACUCAAUAAAAAAAGAAAGAAACUGGAGUGAUAUAAUGUCAUAAAUUACAGGUAUGACGGACUCCGACUAUCUCGCUAUAUUUUACCGUCUGAUUAUGCCUAUCGCUACAGAGUUUAAUCCUCAGCUGAUACUGAUUUCUUGUGGGUUCGACGCAGCUAUUGGUUGUCCAGAGGGUAGAAUGUGGUUAACUCCAAUGGUGUUUAGUCAUUUUGUACACAAAUUAAAAUCUUUAGCUGGAGGCAAAGUUGUUGUCGUUCUUGAAGGUGGUUAUUUCGUAGAUAGUUUGGCUGAAGGAAUUGUUCAUGUUUUAAAAGCAUUACUUGGUGAUCCAUUAUCACCUAUACGACUAAUCCAACCACCAUGUUCAAGUGUUAAAGAGACUAUUGAAUCAUGUAUAACUGUGCUAAGUCCAUAUUGGAAAAGUCUUCUGGAUAGUUCUCAACCUGUACAAAUUGAGAGUUCGGAACAUUUAACAACAAUAACCUGGCCAAUAGUAAAGGUGAUAACAUGGCCUGAAACUAAUCCUCAAUUACCCAGAGUACUAACGAAUCAUAUUCAACACUUAAUAAAUAAUCAUUUUCCAGCACCAUUAACAAUAUCGAAUGAAAUGAUUCAACAGACGACUUUGAUUUUAUUGUUAACAUCACAGGCAUCAGAGCUAUUUGAUUUACAAUAUGAUUCAACUAAUGUUAAUGAAAGAAGAAGCGGAAGAAGAAAACAACGGAAAGUUAUGCUAGAAAGCUUAAUGUAUAAAUUAAAUGAUCAACUUCAUAUACAUCUAUACAAUCAAUAUGAUGUACCAAUCAAAUUUUAUUCCAAUUCAAAAUCAGCUACGAAAUUUCGGUCUACACAAUCAUCUUCAUCAACUUCAUCAUUUCCUACUAAUUCAACCAACAAUCAUGUUUAUGAUGUUCAUAAUAUGAAUGAUAAUAUCAAUUCAAUAGAUCCAUUAUGUUUUACACAAUCUUUACCUGGAAUUAGUUCAUCUUCAUAUAAACCCUAUAGUUAUGAAGGAUUCAUUCAACAUCAUAGACAAAUGGAAAAUUUACUAAUGAAUAAACGACAAGGGAACUUAUCAGAAAAUUUUCAAACUGCUAUCAUUCAUGCAUUAAGUUUAAUUUUAAUGGGACAGCUUCAUAGACUUUAUUUUGUGAAUCAUUCAUUCAACUUAGUAGAAUUAAUUGAGACUAUAUCAAAUAUACCUAUGGAAUUAUUGGUUAAUUAUCGUAAAAGAAUAUUUAAACCAAAAAAUUUUCGAAAGAAUACAAAUAAUGAUAAUACAAUAAUUGAAUUUAUGAGAAGCAGUUCAUUCAUAAAUAAUAAUAACACUUUUAAUGAUGAUAAAAUUUUGGAAAAGUUAACACAUGUUUACUCUUAUCCAAAUAGAUCAAGUUCAUUUCAUAUGUCUUCAGGAUCAAUCUCUUCAACGUCUUUAUUUCAUAGUAGAUCUCAAAUUACCAAGAAUGAGACGUUUUACAAUAGACCAUGUCGUAUAUUAGUACUGGAUUUAAAUGGAAUACAACAAAGAGACAGUAAACAAUUGAAUCAAUUCCAAUGUUCAACGAAACAAAUGAAUGGGAAUAUGAAAUGUCAUUUCAUUUGGUGUUCAGUUUAUUAUGGUAAUGUAGCAAAUCAAUUAUUGACCAAACUGAAUGAAUUACGCGCUAAAGAUUUCUAUACUUCUGAUUCAGUAUCUAAUAAUAAUGAAUUAGAGAUACAUCAUGUAGUUUGGCUUAAAAUCCCUUUUCCAAUCAGAAUAGAAAACAUUGACAACAUGAGUGAAACAGUGAAUGAUGCAAAUGAGAAAUUACAAUCGCAAACUUUUCAUGAUGAUAUAAAUAUGAUCAAUUUACUAUCAAUGUUAUAUCAUAUAAUUUUACCAAUAUCCUAUGAAUAUGAACCAGAUCUAAUUUAUCUAUUGAAUGGAUCUAAUAAAAUGAAAAAUGAAUUUGUCACAUCUGAAAGCUUAGCUCGAAUAAUUUAUUUAAUCAAUGGAUUAGGUAUACCAAUAUUGAUUAAUGGAUCAUCCAUAAAUGAAUUAUCUUCAAAUUAUUUAAUACAAAGUUUACAAGGAAAGCCAAUAUCGAUUGGAUUCAAUAAGUUAACACCAACUUCACCAUCGUCAAAAAUGAAACGCAUUAUUCAGCUUAUCAUACAACAAAAUCAUCAGAGAUGGAAAUGUUUAGGAUCUUUUUGAACUGUUGCUAAAAAUGAAUCAAUGUACUAGUAAUGGAAAUUUAUAAACGACUGCUUUUUAUUGCAACCUUAUAAGAAAUGUAUUGAAUUCA